AUGCCCUCCUCACUCCUCAAGUCCCACCUCUCCCUCCCAUUCUUUCCCAAAGAGAUCCUCCUCUUCAUCGUUCAAGAACUUGAAAAAUCUUCCUCUCGGGCUACCCUUGCCUCUCUGGCUCUGACGAGCAAGAACUCUUACGAUCUCGUCAUUCCUUACUUAUAUCGGACGUACACGCUCUCUCUUCCUUUGGUCACGCAACAUAGUCCAUCAGACUUCAACCCAAAUCUCCCUGCGCGGUUUCCACAUCUACCUCAUUAUAGCUUUCUCCCUACUUGGCUAUACCAACUGGGUAUUUGUGGCAAUAUACCGGUCCGGAUGACGAUGGCUCUGCGAUGUGUGGAAACUUUGGUCGUCUACGUGGAGGAAUUAGGAGACGGGAUGUCAAUCAAUCUCCCUGAGAUGCACUGGGAGGGAACAGUGAUGCCCAAACUGGACAGACUUGUUGUGGCUUAUCGUCCGGACAUAUUCUUGGAGGAGGAUGAAGGAGAUAUACAUGGCGGUGUGGAAGGGGAAGGGGAGGAAGAGAACCAUGAGGAGGAUGAGGAGGAGGAUGAGGAGGAUGAGGAAGAUGAGGAAGAUGAGGAAGAUGAGGAAGACGAGGAAGACGAGGACGAUGGCGACGAUGAGGAAGACGAGGAACAAGGUUACGACAGUGAGGAUUACUAUCGCGUCCCGCUGUCCCAAGUCAUUCCCCUUUUCGGUAAACCCAAACACCUCUGCAUACGUUAUCCUCUCCCUCCCUCGGGUCAUUUAACCCUCCCACGACUUCCUAUCCUCCCAUCGGAUCAAGAAACAUCUAGUGAUUUUCAUUCCAACUCAUUUGAACAUCUAUCAAAUCUCCAUGGCAUUGAUACAUUGGAAAGUCUGACAUUCCAUGAUUGUUCCAUCCGACCAUUCGAUACGAACAUUUAUAUCCCCCCUGAUGAAAUGCUCAACAUAAGGAUCGGAUUUACCAAACAAGUCAAUCCUCUUUCUGUUCAAAAUGAUGAUGAUAAUCCAGCAAACUUUGAGAGACAUAGACGAGAGAUUACAAGAUAUAUGAUCAAAAGAAUUCAACAUGUAGUAGAAUGCUUAGAAUUAAUUUUUGGUGACCCUUAUCUAUCUGAUGGGGUCACAGAAGACGUUUCCAAGUAUGAUAAUCUUUUCAUCAUCAUCUUUAAUCCUCUCGGUCAUCUUUCUCCAUUAGGACCUUAUGCGGAUAAAUUUCCUCGAUUCUCAGAUGAAGUUUUCUUCGAAAUUGCCGUUAUGAGACAAUUCAUUGAACGGAACGAUGAUUCAGAUGCCCAGUUUCGACAGCACAUAGAUGGGUUUCUGGCACGUGUACGAUUUGUGAAAGACGACGAUCAGAUAUUUGAGGAACCUUGUGAAGCAUGUGGUGAACCCGUUUGA